GCCGCGAUCGUUACAGGGCGACGAGACGUAAAUAGUCAACUAGUUUGUCAACUUGCUCAAUAACCCACCUGUUUCUCCUCCCGCUCCCGCGUUUCUCUGCGGCCAUGUAUCGACGGGGCCCCCCAAUAUCAACACCUGCUGGCGUGCAGUGCCAGAAGUGCCUAAAAAGAGGGCAUUACUCGUACGAAUGCAAGGCUUCCACGCAGGACCGGCCCUACGUCCCCCGACCGUCGCGCACGCAGCAGUUUUUAAACCCGAAACUGGCGCCGAAGUUGACGAGCGAGGCGCCUGGCAACUUACGAAAGGAGAAAGGUCUGGCAGACCGGGAACUCGCCAAGCGUGAGGCCGAGCGUGCCAGGAAGAGGGAGUUAGAAGGAAAGGAUUCCGAUGGCGGUGAUGCCAAACGCAGGAGAUCGGCCUCCUACAACUCUGCGUCCUCCACUGGACGGACGCCUUCACCGCCCCUGGCCGGACUACCUUCGGCACCACUCCCUAACGUGAUUAGCCCCGAAGUCCGUGUCAAUCGGUCCCCGGCCAGACACGCCUCGCGGCAUGGGCGAGAAUCAUACGAUUCUACUAGCGAUCUCGAGAGACGCUACUCACCAAGUCCCCGGAGGCAGGCUAGGGCCCAUACCCCUCUCGAACGAUCGCAACGAAGGUCGAAGCCACCAGCUAGGCACGCCAGUCCCGUCCACAGCCAUUACGACUCAAAGAACGAGGCUCCGAACCAGCGGUCCCCCCCCUACAGUCGCCGGAGGAGAUACUCUUCAAGCCCCAGCCGGUCGCCGCCGCCGCCACCGCGUGAUGGGCAGCGCUACCGCUCGAGGUCAUCAGAUCGACCCAGGCGGCGCGGUAGAAGCCCAGCGCGGUACGCCGGCACUUGGCUGGGUCGAGAUCCGGCGCACGCUCGCGGUGGUCGUGGACGGGAUGAGGCGCCGUCGCGGAGAGAGCAGGCUGAGCGCAGCCUGAGUCCCUUCUCACGGAGGUUGGCUCUCACGCAGGCAAUGAAUAUGAGUCGUUGAAGAUGGGCCGUUGGGGAAAAGGAAAGCGAUAAAAAAGGGAUGAGAAGCCGAGAGAAAGAGAAUGGGUAUCAUCAUGAACCUUAACCAUAGUUUUAGCAGCGUCACCUCCA